AUGGCAGUCAGUCAGUCACUCCCACUGCCCAGGGCCAUGCUCCCCACACGGGCAUCACGCGCGGCUCCAGAGAUCCGGUGGCGCCUUUUUUUUUUCGCGAAUUUCGGCUUCGACGUGGUCCCAUGCUUGCCCAGACCGAGUCGAGCGGUCAGCAAGCUCCAGGGAGCGAGGCAAUUGGCAAUUGGGGCAGACAGGCAGAUGCUGUCAGGCCGCUUGUCCUUCGGUCCUUUGAUCCUUUCAGAAUCAGUCACCCAGUUGCUAGUCUCACUACGCCUAUCAACAACGCCCGCCAGUGAGUGGAUCCAAGAAAGUUGGUCGAUUGGCGGGACGUGGCAGCUGGCAGUCUGCGCGCAGAGGACGAUCGAGGCGGGUCACCAUGAAUGUGGCGCGCCCCAAAUCCCAGCCAAGUGCCCUGCCGCUGCGAUAACGUACCCACCGCGGCUUGGAUUUAUCACCAUCUCUCUGUCCGCCUGUCCGCCUGCCUGCCACCUUGAUCUCUCACGCAACUUCCUCACAAAGCUGCCGAAAGCAAAAAAACGGGUUUCCAAAAUAGCAUCAACUCUGCUUUUCGGGGCCCGCGCCGAGACCGACCAGUCCGCACCCGACACCUCGGUACGCCAGCGACGUCAGCCAAAAGAACGACAUGGUCAAAGCGCCGUCAUAUCACAGGUCACCGCUCGAGGUCCGCUCUCCAGCAUGAUACUUCCUCGCUCCCUGUACAACGAAUCUCCGCCGGAGCGCCGGAGCCGCAUCGCCAACAACCCGACCCUUCUCUACAGCUGGUGGUGUACCAUGUUCUCCAUUGUCAUCAUUGGAUUUCGACUUUCUGGCCGCUGCAUUCGAAAUGAACGCCUGUUCCGCGAGGACAAGGUCAUGGCAUGGAGCAUCAUUCCACUCUUGGCCCGCAUGGCCUGUAUACAUGUCGUUCUCAUCUGGGGCACCAACAACGUCGAUGUCUCACAGUGGACCGAUCCUCUCAUCAUUCGACGGCGCGAAAUCGGCUCCCAGAUGGUUCUUGCCGCAAGAAUAUUCUAUGCCCUCUUCAUCUGGAUGGCCAAGUUCACCGUAUCGGAGUUCUUGAAACGCCUCACAGAACGCUUUUGGAAUAAGAGCGCUGAGCGAGGGUUGCGUUUCAUACGCGUGUUCCUCGUCGUCACAUUCUUCAUGGUCUUCAUCGCCACCCUGGCAGGGUGCCACCCCGUAACCCAUUACUGGCAAGUGGUACCGGACCCAGGACCAGAAUGCCGGCAAGGUUACGCACAACUACUCACCAUGGGAAUUGCCGAUAUCAUAACCGACAUCUUACUGAUUGCCUUUCCAAUCCCAAUCAUCCUCACGUCCGGCAUGACCUUGAAGCGGAAGCUCUCUCUUAUUGCCCUCUUCUCCUUAUCCGUCAUCCUCAUCAUCGUCACAGGAGCACGAAUGCCCAUGGUCAUCGAGAGGCAAGGGCUCCAACAAUUUCGCACCGUUUUUGCAUCAUCCGAGAUCCUCGCUGCCACCAUUGUGUCGAACGCCAUUGUCCUCGGGUCCUUUCUUCGCGAUCGUGGCAUUAAGAAAACCAAGUUCAAAGCACCGUCCACGAUAGAUAGCAUGGAGCGUAGAGAGUCUGCGCGUCGUUUCACAAUCCAGACAUGCAGUAGCGACGAAGACCUUGCACGAUCCCUGGGGUACCGGACCAAGCCAGAGCUGCUGGAAAAGACAAACAGUGUUCCAAGGCCGGCACCUGUAGCAGACUUGGACCUUCUUUCAUCAACCAAACAAUCAGGUCCCUUUACAGACAGCAGCUGGAGAUUCCCUGAUCAAGACCCUGAUGUUACGCAGGGAGUCGGCAUGCUGAAGCCCGAGGACAUUAAGGAUCCUAUGCCGAGCCCGCGCGGUGGUAGACGUGUGUCAUGGUUCGAUGUUGGUGGACUAUUGGAGAAUUCCACUGUUGGUUCUUCGCCUACCGACUCAGUCAUUGCGCAUGACUUUGCAUCCCAGCCCAGACGCGGCUCACGAGCAUCAAAUUCAAUCAUUUCGAAUGCUCGCAACUUUCUCCCGCCCGCACGUCGUUCCUCGCGACUCUCGCAGCAGUCAGAAGACUACGAAAUGUCCGCUCGACCUAGCAACCUACUACAUGAUCGUGGAGGUUUGCUGUCGGAAGACCGGGAACAGGAAGAAGCCGAGUCGAAUCAAUCGGCAUGUUCAGGUUCUCCAAUAAAGAGCUGUCUGCGACGAGACGCAUCGUCAUCACUACGACGAACUUCUACUCACACAAGCUACGAUGUUCCAUCUUUACGUGACCCUGGUGAUCUACUUUCCACGCGCCCGCCUUCUGCCCCUGUCCAACGGACCAACACGCGCACCAGCUACGAUACCCCAUCGUUGCAAGAUGCAGGUGGCCUGCUAUCCCCAUCAGUUCGAUAA